AUUCGUUUAAAGGUAGAGCAGAGCUGGUGUAUGCUCGAUUUUUCUUUACGUUAUUGUUUAUAUUUUUACUUAACUUAACAUUUGAAUUUAUAUUCAAUGACGAAAAUUAAAUGAACGUUUUUAAGUGAUGUGACAUUUACAUUGGCGUGUAAAAUUUAAAUAAAGAAUCUAAUGUCUUUUAAAAUGGACCCGUGGACAAUAUUUUGGACUUUUGUUUUGGGUCUUACGAGUAUUGCGGAGGCGGGACCUAUUGGAGACCAAUGUGAUUGGACUGGAAGUGGGUUGAGCACAAGCGCAGAGCGGGGAGUGACGCCGGUGUACCUCAGGUGCAGGGAGGGCACGGUGUCGUGGCUGUACCCGCGGGGAGCGCUCCGGUUGCUCUUCCGACCGCCUCUGCCGGCCGACGACAGGGACUUCAGGGUGUGCAUUCGAGUGAUAAGACGCCCAGACCCACCUGAUUUGUUUCAUUCGCUGCAGCUUAAUGAUUUAGAAGCUGCAGAGCGGUUCCCAGCCCGUAUAUUCGUUGAAGGUGUCCACAGGUUGAUACCCCUCUACGCGCCUGACGACAACGACCCUCGCGAGCUUCGCUGUUUCAGAAGCAAGCACGGUCGCGCUGCUUUGUAUGUCGAAGCAGAGCCAGAAGAGGGGCCAAAGAGAAGGGUGGCCACCUUCAAGUACGAGGUCCGCACGCUGGAGAGGCACUACGACCCCGCCACAGCUGAAUGCAGACCCUGCUCGGAGUCUGAACUCGAACUAGCCUUCUGCACUAGCGAUUUCGUGGCCCGAGCAGUAAUAGUGGGCAGUGAGCAGCGGGAAGACUUGGACACAACUCAGCUGACGCUGCGGCUGACCAAGCUGAUCCGCGCCACCGGAGCAGACGGCGAGCCGUCGGAUUUAGAUGACGAGUACUAUAGGUACGAAACGGACAACACACUCCGUGCGAAGCGUUCGCUGCACGCGCACGUGCACGUGUCGGCGGCGUGCGGCGCGGGCGCGGGCGCGGGGGCGGGCGCGGGCGAGUUCGUGGUGAUGGCGCGCCGCGCGCUCGGCCGCCUGCGCCUCGCCUGCGCGCCGCGCGCCGCGCACUGGGACCGCCUCGCGCGCCGCCGCACCGCCGACGGGAACGCGCACUGCGCGCUGCAGCCCUAGCCGCACCAGCCGCACCAGCCGCACCAGCCGUACUAGCCACACCAGCCGCACAGCCGCCAGUGCCAGUGUGUGAAGCGAAAUGGGCUUGGGAGUAUAGAGUACAUGCUCUUGCAUUAGUGAGAGUGGAAUGGGGAAGUGUACUGCAAACUUGCACUGCGCGCUCUACAAAAGCGCACGUGCUGCUGCAGAAUGAGGGGGCGAUGUGCUGGGACUCCGAUUGCGCCUCGCUUUCUACAAUAGUGUUGUGUUGGAAUUUUGUAGCGAAUAGGCUCGAUAAUCGAGUGUUCAGAAUGUAGCGCUGCUGUAAUAGAAAAAUAAUGGACGAUAAUCUGCUGGUUCCAUGUAAAGUAAUUUGAGAACCUUAAACACUAAAAUACAAUAAAUCUAACUAAUCUGUGAGAUAUCUCAUGGCGUGUGUCUUAGAACGAUAUAAACUUGUUAAUAAAUAUUUAUGACACUGUCUUUAAAAAUAAGAAAACAGUCGCUUGCCAUAAAUUAGCUUGUACAAAUGCAAUAUUGUAAAUAU